AUGACUUUAACUGGAGAAUCCACCACGUGGCCAAUCACUAACACUAUUAAACCAGCAAGAUAUUUAAUGGUUGUUUUCAAGAACUUACCAGACUCUCAGAUUAAUAACAAUAAUGUCUUUAGAGUAGCAAUGAACCAAACUCAAGAUCCUUUAAUCCAUAAAGUUCAAGUAAGAUUAAACAAUGAUAAUUAUCCUAACCAACCUUUAACAAUUAAUCCAACCACAAAGGAUUAUAAUGAAUUGUAUAGAAACUAUGAAAAUAUGUGUGAGUUAUUUGGAAAUCUACCUCAGUUUGAAUAUGGAGAUUUUGCACUUAAUCAUCCAAUCUUUUGUUUUGAUCUAUCAGCUCAUCAAGAAGAUCUUUUCAAAACAGGAGUCAACAUAAAUAUUCAUAUUGAAAAAACACAAGGAGAUGUAACUGGUUAUUGUUUACUACUCGAAGAAGCAAAACAUUUAAUUAAAAUAGCAGAUAGAAGAAUGAUAAGAAUUAAGAAAUCAGCUUUAGAAUAUAGACCUCCUAUAGAACCCACACCUCGUAUAGAACCUCAUCACCCCAAAGCGAUUGAAUAUGGUAGUAUUAUAAUUAGGACAGUAGAUGAUGUAAAACAUUAUUUUUCAAACCCUAACCCAGAUUUACCAAAGAGCAUUUUAACAAUCGUUGAUGAAGCGGGGUUACGGUUUAAUGGAUUUAGUCCAAAUACCCCCGAAUUUAUAAUCGAUACAAAAGAUUAUAUAUACACAUUAACGAGAGGAUUAAUAGAUUUAAUGAAUGGCGGGGAUGCUGGUAUUGCCGAUUAUAAGGAUUUAGUAGCAUACUCAAAAUAUCUAUAUGCAAUAAGAAAGACGGGACCCGAAACAAAUAGAUCAAAAGAAGUUGAUUUAUAUGUAACAAAAGUUAUUGAGCAUGAUGGGGAAACAGGUGAUGAAUAUGAAGAUGAAAGUGAUAAAAUUAUACAUGAAAUCGAUUCCCUUUUAGGAAAUGCAGGAGAAGGUAUAACGUUUUUAUCCGACAACAAAGAGGAACUACUUAAUAGAUUAUGA